CAGGGCGCGUUAUUGUGGGCGUCGCGCCGCUGCGCGUCUGGAACAGGAACUGGAGCCGCUGUCAUUCAGCCGAGCGCACAAAGGUGAGCGCACCGUCAGCCAUAUUCCCGCCGCCGGACUCCGCGCUCGUUUCCUCGGAGGGAGGGGAGAAUUUUCGGCCGAAGCCAGACUGAAUUGAGUCACCGGCUCCGAGGGAGGCUCCGUGGAAAUACACGCUAUUCUUUGACAGAAGAGCUCUACAGCGGGACUCAAGAUGCCUAAGCCUGUAAAUGUUCGCGUCACUACGAUGGAUGCGGAGCUGGAGUUUGCCGUUCAGCCCAGCACAACUGGCAAGCAACUAUUUGACCAGGUGGUGAAGACCAUCGGGUUACGUGAAAUAUGGUACUUCGGACUGCAGUAUAUGGACAGCAAAGGGUACCUUACAUGGCUGAAACUUGAUAAAAAGGUCUCCUCUCAGGAUGUGAAGAAGGAGAACCCUCUCCAGUUUAAAUUCCGUGCCAAGUUCUUCCCAGAAGAUGUGGCGGAUGAGUUGAUCCAGGAUAUCACUCAAAAGCUGUUCUUUAUGCAAGUGAAAGACGGCAUUCUGAGUGACGAUAUCUACUGUCCUCCGGAGACUGCGGUGCUCCUGGCCUCCUAUUCAGUGCAGGCCAAAUUUGGUGAUUUCAGCAAGGAAAUGCACAGGCCUGGAUACCUGACCUCAGAUCGCCUCCUGCCCCAACGGGUUCUAGACCAGCACAAGUUGUCCCGGGACCAGUGGGAGGAGAGGAUUCAGGUGUGGCACGAGGAGCAUCGUGGAAUGCUCAAAGAGGACGCAAUGCUUGAGUACCUGAAGAUUGCUCAGGAUCUGGAAAUGUAUGGGGUGAACUACUUUGACAUCAAGAACAAGAAGGGAACAGAGUUGAGGCUGGGUGUGGAUGCCCUGGGCCUAAACAUCUAUGAGAAAGACGACAAGCUCACUCCGAAAAUUGGAUUCCCUUGGAGCGAAAUAAGAAACAUUUCCUUCAACGAUAAGAAGUUUGUCAUCAAGCCUAUAGAUAAAAAAGCUCCAGAUUUCGUGUUCUACGCUCCGCGGUUGCGCAUCAAUAAACGUAUCCUACAGCUGUGCAUGGGGAACCAUGAGCUUUACAUGCGCCGCAGGAAGCCGGACACCAUCGAGGUGCAGCAGAUGAAAGCCCAGGCUCGAGAGGAGAAACAACACAAACAGAUGGAGAGAGCUCAGCUGGAGAGUGAGAAGAAGAGACGAGAGGCCAUAGAGAGAGAGAAAGAGCAGAUGGAGAAGGAGAAACAGGAGCUGAUGAUUCGGCUCUACCAGUUUGAGGAGAAGACCAAAAAAGCAGAAAAAGACCUGCAGGAGCAAAUGCAUAGGGCCGUGCAGCUGGAGAGUGAACGGAGACUGGCAGAGGAAGAGGCAGCCAGAUUGGAGGCAGAGAGGCAGGCAGCCCUGCUCGCAAAGGAGGAGCUGGCCCGUCAAGCCCAGGACCAAAAGAAGAGUCAGGAACAGCUGGCUGCUGAGCUGGCAGAACACACUGCUCGUAUUGCGCUCCUGGAGGAAGCCAAAAAACACAAGGAGGAGGAAGCUAAGACAUGGCAGCACAGAGCACAAGAGGCCCAGGAUGACCUGACGAAGACCCGUGAGGAGCUUAACAUGAUCAUGACAGCGCCCACCAGCUUCACAAGUCUCCCUCCACCACCACCUGCAUAUGAACUUGAUGAGAAUGAGUACGAAGAUAGGGAGAGCAACAAUAGCUACAGUGCAGACCUGCAGACAGGUGGUAUCAAUGACCACCGCUACGAAGAGCAGCGAAUCACUGAGGCUGAGAAGAAUGAACGUGUUCAGAAACAGCUGUUGGCUCUGACCUCAGAGUUGGCCCAUGCCCGUGACGACACCAAGAAGACUCAAAACGACCUGUUGCACACAGAGAAUGUGCGCGCCGGCCGAGACAAAUACAAAACUCUUCGGCAGAUCCGCCAGGGAAACACGAAACAGAGGAUUGAUGAGUUUGAGGCCUUAUAAAAUAUCUGGACCAGGAAACUUUGGAAAUGAGGGAGGAAAGGAGUCUCAAAGCCCUUGUCCGUUUUCAAUCUGUCCCUACAUCUGAGUGGUCAAUGCAAGAGGUACAUCCUGCGUAUAAAAGAGGUGCACAUACGUUCAGUAAUACAAUUCGAUUCGUUCAACGUGAACACUGGGUCAACACUAAAAACUAAAUUUAAAAAAAUGCACCCUUUUUUUUUUUUUUUUUUUUUGUCAUUACAGUUAAUACAUGCAUAAACCCACACAUGAUGUUUAUUUACCCCUUAGUGGUAUUUCACGGUAAUACUUUACAGUAAGGUUGUGUACUGUAGCAUUAGUUAAUAUAUUACGAAUCAUCAACAAUCAAUGAACAAUUUGAUUUACAAUUUCAAUGAGCAGCAUCAUUUAUUAAUGUUUGGUGAUUUUGUUCAUUUAUUGUUUGCAAUGCUCAUUAGCGAAAUCUUUUAAUGUUUAUUUAUGCCGUAUUUGUAACCAUAAACGUUAACAAAUUGCUCAGUUAAUUGUUCACUACACAGCCUUAUUGUAAAACAUCACCAAUUUCACAAACGCACACCGAUUUCACAGAAUGUACUGAAACAAAUCUGCUUUUGCCAUAAAAAUAUGGAGCUAAAUGAUAUUUAAACACACGUGCCAACAAUGCGUCCUCCUUUUGUAAAAAUAUAUGUUAGUAAUUCAAUAAUCAGGCCAAAAUAUGCUAUAUAUUUGAUCUUGUUUUGGGUCGUCGUUCUAAGUGGUACUUUGUCUCCCCCUUUUUCUCGUCAAUGAUCCACUCAGCACAGGGCUUGGCAGUAUGAUCUUAAUUUUAUGUGUUGUCUGAAAUUAAAACUCUUUAAUUCAUGUUGAAUAUGGCUUUUGCCAGAAUAUUUGUUAUAGUGUUUAUUUAUUCAGUCUUUGGGUUAUUUAAGGUACAUGGGUAGAUGCACUUUUCUUUCUUACUAAUGACAGCAGAGAUUCGUUUGUUUACUGAAUCCUGUUCUGACCUGACAUGAUUCCUUGUAAGAAGAGAUUCAUAUGUAAGUUAUACUUUUUAUAUAUAUAUAUAAUAUAUAUUGGAUUAUGUUCAAAUGCAUGUUAAAUCCUUAGAUUUCCUACAUUAGAUACAAACUGAUUUUUUUUAUGACUUUGAACUAGUUACUGAAUGUUUAUUGCCAUGACAGUGGGAUGAAGGAAGAUUCGUUUAAUAGACUUUUGUCAUCUCAGUAGGUAUCUAAAUGGAUUUUGAUAUAUAUAUAUAUAUAUUGUGUUGGUGGAUCUGUGAGCAGAGUUUCUCACGGACUUGCUAGCUUCAUAUUUUAAUUAAAAUGAUUAAAAAAUAGCACAAAUCAGGUAGUGUUAAGUGUGGGUUAAGACCAAAUGCAAAAACAGAAGAAUGGAGUUUUAUGAGUGACAUCCAUAUUGGCGAAUAUGACAAUUUAGUAAAUUGUUUCUCUGAUGCCUGUUACCAUGUGGUGCCACUUUCAUAAAAAUAGAAUAGUAUUUUUGUUGCUUUUUUUUUGGUUUUUGUACAUAGGCUAAAGGUCUUAAAUGUAUUUUACUCCAAAUGUUCCUGACUGUUAAUUCAUUCUUGAUUUGUUUUUGUUUUGUUUUUUUUCCACCACCAAAAGCUGUUUUUAUCACUCGCAGCACUUUGAGCUCUUGUUUAAAAUAUUACUUGAUAUCAUCCGUACACAAAAUAAGCUUUUCACAGCUUCAGGGCUUAAUACCGUUUUUAACCCUAGGUUACGAAGCCAGUAACUAACCCAGGUUAAGAGCUAGCCGACCCUGUGUUAACAUCCUAAAGUGUGACUUGUGAGUACAUUAGAGAUGAGCUGUAUCAUAAACUCAGUUAUCAAGCUUCACAACUGGAUUUAUUUAUUUUCCCCUAAAAGGUGUUUAGAAAUAAAGAUUUAUGAUCAACA